CUGCUUUGUUUGAGAGGGAGCGAAUUGACGGACUGAAUAGGCUAGCUGUGGAGUUUAGAACAUACGAAUGUGGGCUGGGAAGUUUAGAACAUACUAAGAAUGUGCUGGUUUUGAGUGGUUGUGAUUCACUCCCAGUCAGUGACAACAGACAGGAUAAGGAUAAGCAGACAGGUCAAGUUAGGUUGUUAAAUGACUGUGCAAGUUAGCAUUUGUUGAUUCAAUUUAGCACUUAGCAAGUUCUGGUCACUACAGGAUCCUGUUUUGAAACUGGAUGUAAAGGGUCAAGCAUGGAUGUUGCUGUUGCAGAGGAACCCCUGAGGAAAAUCUUCAGAGCAAAAAAGACUAUGAAAGUCAGCGAUCGACAGCAACUGAAAUCCCUUCACACCACUCUUUCCUCUCCAUGUUCUUUCCCAUCCCCACCUCAGCCAGCAAUGGUAAAUGGGAAGCACUGUGAAGAUGUGUCUAUGGAAGUAGAUAAAGAAAUACAUGGAACUACACAUACCACCACUCAUGCCCCUUCCUCCCUGACAGCCACAUCCCUAACCACUGAGACCUCUGAGGAACCAACAGCCUCUGAAUUACUGGUUUCUUCAUCACAGAACAUACACUCUGAUGUAAAAGAUGUUCAGGAAGGAGAGGGACAGGAGUCUACAUUACCCAGCCUCGAGGUAGAAGACAAAGUGAAUGGACUGAUGAAGGGGGAUAGAAAUUCCAAGGAGGAUGUUAUCGUUUCCUCUCCUAUUGAUGAAGAAGAGGAGGGUGCUGCUCUACAGAAGAAACGAUCCUUGUUCGGAGACUCAGAGGAUGGUGGUGAAAAACAGGAGAAAAGAGACUUGGAAGUGGUGAGAGGUGGUGCAGCAGCUUUGAGGGAGCAGUUGUGUGUUCUGCAGCUCACACUAUUUGACAUGAGUCUUCAGGGGCUCAGAGACAGACUGGACAAAAUAGAAAAACACCCGAGUGCACUCAAGAMCCUGCAGGCAAAGAUUGSCCGACUUUCUAAGAAAGUUGGAACUGCCAWCCAGGCCAGGGAGAAUGCCAAGAAWCKUCCAGAYGUACUGUUGCCACCUACCUCUACUUCUGCCACAGCAACCACCCCAGCAGGAUCAGCAGUUCUCGGCCUGAGAACAAUGGGGAACAACCCACCGGAUCCAAAGCGUAAUGAUCAGGGCUGUCAAACCCCUACUCCUGUACGUAAUGAUCAGGGCGUCAAACCCCUACUCCUGUACGUAAUGAUCAGGGCUGUCAAACCCCUACUCCUGUACGUAAUGAUCAGGGCUGUCAAACCCCUACUCCUGUACCCACAGUCAUUCCUCAUACAGCUGCCUGGUGGAGGGACAGCCAUCCUUACCAACCCAACCAACUCCCAGCUAAUCCCAGUGUGCGCAUUUCCCGCCAUGACGAGUUCCACCGUGACACCCACCACUGCCUUCCUCCUGCAGAGGACUACUCCCUACACCCCUGCUGCUCCCAAGCCCCCCUCUGCAUCCGCCCUCUUAUCUCAUUCCGCUGCCACAACCACGACUACACCCACUGACACACCAGCUGCCACAACGUCCCACAUGACCACACCCAUAACCAGGGCCACAACCAUAACCACACCCACAUGCUGGGCCACAACCGUAACCACACCCACACCCAGGACCACACCCAGGGCCACAACCACACCCAGGGCCACAACCACACCCAGGGCCACAACCACAACCACACCCAGGGCCACAACCAUAACCACACCCACACGCAGGGCCACAACCACACUCUGUGCCACACCCAAUGUCUCCCACUCUGGAGCCACUGGGACAGUCAGCAGGCCCAGCUCCGGUGUGUCUGUCUCCGUCUGUGAGUCCAUUCGGCUUGUAUCUGUGGCGAACUCCACUUCAACUUCAUCCUUACCAAGAUUCUCAAUGCCAGCCACCACAGGCACUCAACCCUCUGUGCGACCAGCUGCCCCAGCGCAACUAGCUGCCUCAGCACGACUAGCUGCCCCUGUACCACAGGUGCCUGCGAAAACAGGUAGUAAAUCUACAAACCCUCCUUCAGACUCCACACAGGCAUCUCACCCUGCCAAAUCAGAAGCAUUCAUAGACCUGACAGAGGAGGAGGAGCAGGAGGAGGAGGAUGAUGAUGUUCUAGUUACUGGAGUGCUGAAGGCUCCGAUUGCUUUGAAGGCCUCACCCUCGCCUUCAACAGCGGGUCAGCGAACAACAGCCACACAGCAAACCGCCACCUCCACUUCAGUCGGAACACAGGCCGUGAGGUCAUCUCUUGGUCAGACUUCAGCUGUUGGAUCUCCACACGCCGUUUAUCGUCGCCCCCUGCAGGGCUCCCCAUCUAAAAGUGUUGCCUCAGCAACAUCCACUUCAUCUUCUACACCUUGCCCCCAGCCCUCUCCCCUUCCCCCCUUGCCUGUCACACCUCAAACUAUCAGCCUGCCCCUAGAAGCGGCCAGCACCAGCCCUCCACAGCAGCCUCUGCUCAAAAUAACCCGGGUUCCAAGCCAGAAUGACGGCAUCGUGCUCUCCUGGUCUGUGACUGAGGUAGACAGGAGCUGUGCUGCCGUGGACAGCUACCACCUAUACGCCUACCACCAGGACCACUCUGGCCCCAGCACACCUCCCCUACUCUGGAAGAAGAUAGGGGAGGUGAAGGCCUUGGCUUUGCCCAUGGCCUGUACACUCACACAGUUUGUCUCUGGCUCCAAGUACUACUUUGCAGUCCGUGCCAGGGACGUGUUUGGCCGCUUUGGACCAUUCUGUGCGCCUCAGUGCACUGAUGUCUUAACGUCCCCUUCACCGAAAGCUCCAAUUUAACCACACGCUAAGAUUUAAGUUAAAAUGUAUUGUGUCAAGUUAAAACAAGAGGAGAAAUGUUGAUUCUGUAGAUUUUUUUUCCCCGGGUUACUAAGCUAGCCAAAGUGAAAAGUUCAGUAAAGCUUCUGGCAAAACUAAUUGCUCUAUUUUCAAAUUAAUGUGUUUGGUAUUUGUUUUAUCAGAAUUGUUCACUCAAAUCAUAUUUGAGCCCAGGUGUUUACAAGAGUGACUUAUCUUUGGAAUGUUACUGGAAAAUGUUGUUGCCCAUCUUGGUGAAAUCGGUUGGCCCCAUGUGACCACUGUCUGCCUGCCGUGUGUUUGACCACAUGGGAGCAGCAUUGUACCAAAAUGGUAUCUUUGACACAGGACGAGAGGAUUUGAAAAUCAAACCUGAAAUGGCCUGGUCCCGUUUCUGAACGAUUAUGGACAAAGUAUUCUUCUCCUUCUAGUUUCCUGAAGGUAUUUGAAAACUCAAACUUUUCAUUGCAAUUGUCAGUCUAACUGAAAGAACAUACUAUGAAGGGCAGAAUGACCAUGCUAUUAUAUGGUAAUACACAGUAGUUCUGCGUCUCAUGAGAAAUGAGCCUGCUAAAGCCUAUGCGAUCUCUCUUCCUCCUGCUCAAUUUCUGCUACUGUGAAGGACAAGUUCUACAGUUAAAUUAUACAUGAUCUAGGGCCUCCUGUGACACCUUUUUUUUUU